CUGCCUGCCUGCCACAACUAACACUUGCUUUUCACUUACAACUGAGCCAUUAUAUGGGACAUCAACUCCCUCUAACACCUCAACAAAGACUUUGACAGCUCAGAAACUUAUAAAUAGACAUAGUUCUGUUCUUUACUCAAAUCAGAGCUGAAAUUAAUUACUUGCCACUCAUUUUCAAGAAAAAAUAUUUUCUUUAGGUAGAUAAUUUGUGAAUUUGAUUUCAUUUUGAAGAUGUCCUUUUUUGGAGCUGUAUUAUUUUGUUUUUGCUUUCACUUGGAAAUGGCAUUUGUCUUACUUUCCACUGAAGACUCCAAUGUGCAAAAGGAUAAUUCAUCAAUAAUUCAUGUCUCACAGAUGACAAUGUCCAGCUGCAAAGAGGAGCAAACUGAACAUGCCAAAGAAAUGCUGCUUGAAGCUUUAAAUAUGAGGUGUGCUCCCGACGUCGAUCACGAAGACAUGAGCAUGGUGAGGGAUUACCUUAGGGAGGGCCUCAAUAACCUUCUCAAUAUGACCAGCGUGUUGCCUAUUAAAGGAAAAAAUAAAACAGAACAACUAUAUGAGAAUAACACAGAAAACGAUGAAAUGCAGCGGAUUCAAGAAGGACUUCAUUGCUGUCAAAUCAUGGCUGAUGUCUCCAUUACAGAUCUUGGCUGGACUACAUGGAUUAUUUACCCUGAAAAGUUUACAUAUGCAAAAUGUGUGACUUGUGAAGAUCUUAAGGGAGGGACAACAAAGAAAUGCAAAGUUUAUGGAAAACAAUACUCUUCAAAGAUCAGUUGCUGCACUUCAGUGUCUGUGUGGAUCCCGUUCAUUUACGUGAAUGACAACUAUUCCUUGGGUAUCACCACUGUGCCCAUACCAAAGCAGUGUGGCUGCGUCAAACAUGAAGAAGCUGACUGAAGGGAAUUACUCAACACAUGUUUUUCUUGUCCAGUAUCUAAUGCAGAUUUUCACCAAUGCUAAUGGAGUACAGUUAAAUCUAAAAUUAAAAAUAUUUUGGGUUUGUUUUUGGCUUCAGAACCUUGUCAAAGAAUUUUUCAAAUGCUAACUGUGCUGAAGUCACUUUUUAAAACAAUCAAUACACAUUGCUACUAUCUUUAAAUCAUCUGUAUAUUUGCAAAUAUAACUCUACAGCAUGCAUUUUACAUGCAUUGUUUAACCUGCUUAGCUAUAACUAUCUAUAAAAAUAAAAAGGGGAAAAAUCCUAGAUGGCUAGAGUCUCCCUUACUAAACAAUUCCACUCUCAUUCUUUCAUAUUCCUGGAUUUUUUUGUGCUUUCAAAAAUACUUGACAAUGUAGAAUUAUCCUUUUUGUUCAAUAUUAGACCAUAUUGGAGAUAC